GGAUGACCACAGAGGCAACACGAAACAAAUUGUUCAGUAUGUCAAAUUACCUUGCAGGUUAUCAUGGCCAAGCUGUGCCAAAAGAAAAUGUUUGGAACCGAAUCAUUGUGCAUCUGGACUUGGACUGUUUUUAUGCCCAGGUAGAAAUGAUCUGCAAUCCUGAAUUAAGAAGCAAACCUUUAGGUGUGCAGCAAAAAUACCUGGUAGUCACCUGCAAUUAUGAAGCCAGGAAUCUUGGUGUAAAAAAACUCAUGGGUGUGAAAGAAGCAAAAGAAAAGUGUCCGGAUCUGGUGCUGGUUAAUGGAGAGGAUCUGACUAAAUACAGGGAAUUCUCUUACAGGGUUACAGAAUUGUUAAAAACAUUUACGCCACUGGUAGAAAGGCUCGGAUUUGAUGAAAAUUUUGUGGACAUCACGGAAUUAGUAGAAAAGAGACUGAUAGAGUGGAAAAAAGCAACACUUCCUAAAAUCUCUGUUUCUGGUCAUGUAUAUAAUAAUCAGACUGUUGAUUUUCAGGAUCCAGUGCACGUAAGUCUCGCUGUGGGAUCUCAGAUUGCAGAGGAGAUGAGAGAUGCCAUGUGCAGCAGGCUAGGGCUCACGGGCUGUGCAGGGGUGGCCACAAAUAAGGUCCUCUCCAAGCUGGUCUCUGGGACCUUUAAACCAAAUCAGCAGACAGUUCUUUUGCCUGAGAACCGGCCGAACCUGAUGGCCAGCCUGGAUCACGUAAGGAAAAUACCAGGGAUUGGCUUUAAAAUGUCAAAGCGCCUCCUAAAUCUUGGGCUCUGCACUGUGCAAGAUCUCCAAGCCUGUUCAGUUGAGAUUCUGGAAAAAGAACUGGGAAUUCCAGCUGCACAUCUCAUCCAGAAGCUCAGCUGGGGAGAAGACCAUUCUCCGGUCGUCCCAUCAGGAGCUCCUCAGUCUCUCAGUGAUGAGGACUCCUUUAAAAAAUGCUCUUCUGAAGCAGAAGUUAAGAAGAAAAUUGAAGAAUUGCUCACUAACCUUCUAGACAGGUUGUACAAAGAUGGCAGAAAGCCCCAUACCAUCAGAUUAACCAUCCGUCAGUAUUCUGCUACCAAUAAAUGGUUUAAUCGAGAGAGCCGUCAAUGUCCAGUUCCAUCUCACUUGAUCAAGAGGAUCAGUUCAGGUGACACCAGUGUAAAGGCUCACCUCAUUUCCAUUCUUAUGAAACUGUUUCGAAAGAUGAUCAAUGUUGAGGUUCCAUUUCAUCUGACCUUACUGAACAUCUGCUUUUCCAAUCUUAAGGAUCCACCAGCUUCUUCCAAGGAGUCUAUUCAGUUUUAUUUGAGUCAGUCAUCACCUUGUUUCAACUCCAAUACAACAGAAGACAGAAACUCAGAAAACACAAAGAUGGAGCAUCAAGGGGAAAACAGUGAUGUUUUAUCCAGAGAGAGAAACACAAGAUGUGUACAAUCUCAGCUGCACGGCCCUUGUCAGCCAACUGCAAGUGAUCUUGAAUGCCCAAGUCCACUACUUCCUGCUGGAAUAGAUUACGAUGUGUUCAACCAGCUUCCAAGUGACAUUAAGGAGGAAAUAAUUUCUAGCCAAAAGAAGGUUAGAGAUUCCACAGAGACUUUGUGGAGCCAUGGAGGAUCUGAACUGGGGGGGAAAUCACCAUGCCAUCCAAAAGCCAAAAUAAGCUCCAUUUCCCUGCAUUCUGGAGACCUUUGUCAAAGUACUAGGACUCUGGCAUUUUCUGAUAUUGCACCCACAAAGGAAGAACUAGAAAGGCAAAGCCCCCAUGGAGAAGGCUCUUCCCCAAAUAAUUCAAGACAAGGAUCACAAGUGGCCCUUCCUCCUUCUGUAGAUCCCAAAACAUUUUCUGAGCUGCCUGCAGAGAUGCAGAAGGAGCUGUUGACAGAAUGGAAGAGCCAAAAGUGUGUUUCUAAAAUGCACGUCAGCAAAGUUGUGACACUUAAAGGAACAAAGAAAGGGCAGGUGUCAUCUCCAGGAUCAAAUAGUUUACUACACUAUUUCAAGCCAAGAUGACUCCAAGGUAUAUUUGGUCUAGAG